AUGAGUGUCGCAUUCGAGCCUCGGAACUUCAUGCACGAUGGGGGCUAUCCUCCCAUCGGUGACGAUCAUGACCAUACGGCCGACCAGCGAUUUACCGACAACGAUGUCGCCGAGCAGCUUAGCCAUUACACAACCGAAGCAUCGAUGCUUCCAGAUUCAACAGGCGUUCUCGGAGACGACAGAGGGAUGAUGCCAGAGCAUGCUGCUGCUGUGCAAGAAGCGACCCGACUCGACUUGGGACAUCCCGACUUCCCUUCGCCCAUCGAGGCUGCUUUGCAAGCACCAACACUCGACCCUUUACCCGACGACAAGGACCUUUCUCCAAGCAUCGGCUCUCCUCCCGCUGCCUCACGGAUCAAGCCUAUCGCCAAGCCCGAGAGGGAAGCCGUCAAAGGCGCGGAUGGGAAAUUUCACUGCACUCAAGAUGACUGUAAGGAAGAAAUCAGAGUGUUCUCGCGCAAGUGCGAGUGGAACAAGCACAUGGACAAACAUGAGCGCCCUUACCGAUGCCCUGCCGAAGGGUGCGAGAACCUUCCCGGCUUCACAUACUCCGGCGGUUUACUUCGACACGAGCGAGAAGUCCAUGGCAAACAUGGAGGCCCCAAGAAUACAGUCAACUGUCCUCACCCAAAUUGCAAGCGACACACAGGGAAGGGUUUCUCAAGACAGGAGAACCUGAAUGAACAUCUACGCCGCGUCCACACCAACCCCGAUGGCACUACCCCUCCAGCCGAUAUAGUUCAAUCUCCCGAAGAUAAUGAUAGCGAGAGAGCGGGCAUGAAGCGCAAGCGACACUCAAGUGUACAGGCCAACGAGGAACUUAUGGAGCUCAGAGAGGAGGUCAAGCGGGUUCGGGAGGAAAACGAGAAGCUCAAGGCCGAAAUGACUCAACAGUCGCAACACUCUCUUUCCAUGAUGGCUCAGAUCGCUGAGUUGCAAGACGCGUUGAGAGACGGCCUUCAGCACAGUUUGGGGGCCCCCACAGCACAGAUGAUCUAA